AUGGCGGCGGCCGAGUCCAAGCCCCCCGCGGGGACGGCCGCGUGCCGACGCCUGGCCCGGGGCUGCUGGUCCGCGUUCUGGGACUACGAGACGCCCAAGGUGAUCGUGGUGAAGAACCGGCGCCUGGGCAUCGUGUACCGCGCGGUGCAGCUGCUCAUUCUGCUCUACUUCGUGUGGUACGUGUUCAUCGUGCAGAAGAGCUACCAGGACAGGGAGACGGGCCCCGAGAGCUCCGUCAUCACCAAGGUCAAGGGCAUCACGUCGUCCGAGCACAAAGUGUGGGACGUGGAGGAGUACGUGAAACCCCCCGAGGGGGGCAGCGUGUUCAGCAUCAUCACCAGGAUCGAGGUCACCCCCUUCCAGACCCUCGGAACCUGUGCCGAGAGUAUGAGGGUCAAGAACGCCACCUGCGAUUCGGACGAGGACUGCGUGGCUGGGCAGCUGGACAUGCUGGGAAACGGCCUGCGGACCGGGCGCUGCGUGCCUUAUUACCAUGGGUCCUCCAAGACCUGCGAGGUGUCCGGCUGGUGCCCGGUGGAAGACGGGGCCUCAGUCAGCCAGUUUCUCGGUAAGAUGGCCCCGAAUUUCACCAUCCUCAUCAAGAACAGCAUCCACUACCCCAAAUUCCAGUUCUCCAAGGGCAACAUCGAGAACCGGAAGGAUGGCUACCUGAAACACUGCACAUUCCAUGAGGUCUCUGACCUCUACUGCCCCAUUUUCAAGCUGGGCUACAUCGUGGAGCAGGCGGGGGAAAACUUCACGCAGCUGGCACACACGGGUGGUGUAAUUGGGGUCAUUAUCAACUGGGACUGUGACCUGGACCUGUCGGCGUCAAAGUGCAACCCCAAAUACUCCUUCCGGAGGCUCGACCCCAAGCAUGUCCCAGCCUCAUCUGGCUACAACUUCAGGUUCGCCAAGUAUUACAAAGUAAAUGGUAGCACCACCCGCACACUCAUCAAAGCCUACGGGAUCCGAAUUGACGUCAUCGUGCACGGACAGGCAGGGAAGUUCAGCCUGAUUCCCACCAUCAUUAACCUGGCCACAGCGCUGACCUCCAUCGGGGUGGGCUCCUUCCUGUGCGACUGGAUCUUGCUAACGUUCAUGAACAAAAACAAGGUCUACAGCCAUAAGAAAUUUGACAAGGUGUGUACUCCAGGGCCUUCCUCAGGCAGCUGGCCUGUGACCCUGGCCCUUGUUUUGGGCCAGGGCCCUCCCCCACCCUAUCCCUGCUCCGCAGACCCAGGCCAGGCUGGCCCACCGCAGGGUGAGGGGCAGAGCCAGGCCUGGGCUGCCCCACCCCCAUGGCCUUGCCCCACCUCUGCCCCGUCUGAGCAGAUGGUGGAUGCUCCCAAGCGGGGUGCAGGACCAGGGCUUGGCGCCUCUGAGCCUUCCCAACAGGACUGCGCUCUCACAGACGCCCGAGGUCUGGCCCAGCUCUGA